CUCAUCGCUUCUCUUCACCAUCUUUCUCCUUUCCUACCCACGCCUAACUCUUGAACCGCACUCGGGAGUUCACCUCUUUCGAUUACAGGAGCCUGCAUCUUUCUCUAUCUGAUCUGAACCAGAAAAGCGUCCCGUUAAAAGCUGCUCUUUCCACACUUCCGCCUAGCUUCAGCCUAAUCGCCUCGAUUCCCACCACAUCACCCAAGCUCAUUAUGCGGCUUAUCAACACUAAAACACGCGAGUUCGAGGAAUUCAUAGGGGAUGAUGUCCCCGGAUACGCCAUCCUUUCGCAUACCUGGGGAAAAGAUGAGGUCACAUACCAACACUAUGUGUCUGGUAAUUGCCAAAGCAUGAAGGGCUAUGCCAAAAUCGACAUGACAUGCCGCAUAGCCGCUCGGAGCCAGAUAGGUUACGCAUGGGUAGACACUUGCUGCAUCGACAAGAGUAGCAGUGCGGAGCUGUCAGAGGCGAUCAACUCGAUGUUCCGAUGGUAUCAGCAUGCCGUGGUAUGCUAUGUGUACUUCUCGGACUUACCACCUGAUGCGCAGUGGGAUCGAUCAACCCUCGCCAACUGCCGUUGGUUUACCAGAGGCUGGACUUUACAAGAGCUCAUAGCGCCAAAAGAGAUAAUUUUCUUUGACUGCAUGUGGUCAGGCGGGAUCAAAUCUUCUGACGGUAUCCGCAAAGUCCGGUGGCUCAUAAGGAGGAUAAGCUCAAUAACAAAAGUCGACGAAAAGCUCUUGCUUGGAAACCAGUCUCUCGACUUAUACUGCGUGGCGCAGAAACUGUCUUGGGCAUCUAAGCGUGAGACAACCCGUGUCGAGGACAUGACUUAUUGUCUUAUUGGUUUGUUUGGAGUCAAUAUCCCCCUGCUGUACGGGGAAAGGGAGAAAGCAUUUCGAAGACUGCAAGAAGAAAUAUUACGUUCAAGUGCCGACCUCAGCAUCUUCGCAUGGAAACUGCCACCACAGAAUCCGACCCACCAAGGACUACACGACUACGGAGAACAGACAGACGACCAAGAGACGUUACUUGAUCUAGAUAACUCUACAUCAUCAACAGUAAGCGGUGUGUUCGCUCGAUCGCCGGCUGAAUUUUUCGAUAGUGGUCAGUAUACGAGAGUGGCCAACGGUCUGCGGGAGAUUUCGAUGACCAAUAUUGGGAUCAAGAUUCGUUCCAAACUUUUACUAGUUGAAUCUCCCCGCUCUAAAACGGAUACACGUGUCUAUUUCUUGCCGUUAGCUGUUCACCCGUGUGACGGACCAGCACUGGGCAUAUGGCUGCGGCACAUCGGAAACCAACAUUUUCUCAGAAAAAACGCUUUCGAACUGGGAUCUUGGAAUCCUUUGAGUGAUAGGCCCUUACCAUUACAAGACAGCUUUUUGAGACCAGACCUGCCGUCUGAGUAUUGUCAAUCAAGCGAUCGCUACGUCUCAGCAAGGGGCAUCCUGAAGUUUAUUCGCCAAAACACACUUCGUAUGGCGAUACAACCGCAUAUGAGAAUUCUGGACGCUUGGCCUCCAGAGUAUUUUGAUAUGGAGGAUCUUUGCUUCUUCAUCAGUGCACGUGAAGCUCCGUCUCUCUGUAUCGUUCGAGUCGAAUGUUCCGGUAAAGAUUCUGACUGCACAAUCAUCGUAUGCGAUUGGCCAUUUAUGCCCAAAUUCACUGUGCUGGAAGACCCCAUGCCCGAAGAGGCGCUCCAGACAAUCCGAUCAAUCCAAAGCGAAACCCGCGAGUACGGCGGCAUUCGAGGCCGCGUGAAAUCGCUGCUGCAGGAUGCGGGAAUACCUCACUCGCAUCUUUGGGUGGAACGAAAGUCCAAUUUUUUAGGGAAAAGUGUCCAUAGAAUUCUUCCGGAUGAUAAACCUGGAAACAGACAUCGAAUACUCUCGAUUCAGAGCAGCAUCUUGCGUGCGCAUGGAGCCCCCAGACAGAAGCGCAGUGAUUGGUCCACCUGUUUGCCAGGAGAAGAAUAAAUUUACACUCAUCAUCAUUCAACAGCUUGAGGUACAAGCCCCAGCACAGAUUGGACUCCUUGGCAUCAAAACAGACUGUACAUCAACAUCUCCACAAGGAUAUAUCUCACAAACACCCAGUGGUGCGUCCAGCCGCAGGGCUGUUUGAGGUCUCAUGACAGAAACGUUUGAGUGUAACCCUUACCGUGAUUGCGUGGCAGUGGUACGUAGAAGUCUGGGCGGACAGGAAGGAAACGAAUUUUACCUUCUUGCCCUA